UCCCCCCUGUCUCCGCCCCCUGGCGCCGCCGAGGCUUCGCCGCUUUAAGAGCCGGGCUGGCGAUUGACAGGCAUCCGACGCGGAGCGCGGCGCAGCGCUGGAGCCACCCCGAGCUAGGGGCUCCCCGGGGUGCAGGAGAAACGUUUUACAGCCCUUGCCAACCUCAUCAUGCCGGUUGCUGCCACCAACUCCGAGUCUGCCAUGCAACAAGUCCUGGACAACUUGGGGUCUCUCCCCAAUGCCACGGGGGCUGCCGAACUGGAUCUCAUCUUCCUUCGAGGCAUCAUGGAAAGUCCCAUAGUGCGAUCUCUGGCCAAGGCCCACGAGCGGCUGGAGGAGACCAAGCUGGAAGCCGUGCGUGACAACAACUUGGAGCUCGUGCAGGAGAUCCUGCGGGACCUAGCACAGCUGGCCGAGCAGAGCAGUGCAGCUGCCGAGUUGGCCUGCAUCCUCCAGGAACCCCACUUCCAGUCUCUCCUGGAGACGCAUGACUCUGUGGCUUCCAAGACCUAUGAGACUCCGCCCCCCAGCCCCGGCUUGGACCCCACAUUCAGCAGCCAGCCCGUGCCUCCAGAUGCCGUACGCAUGGUGGGCAUCCGCAAGACGGCUGGCGAGCACCUGGGUGUGACGUUUCGUGUCGAGGGCGGUGAGUUGGUGAUCGCGCGCAUUCUGCACGGGGGCAUGGUGGCUCAGCAAGGCCUGCUGCACGUAGGCGACAUCAUCAAGGAGGUCAACGGGCAGCCGGUAGGCAGCGACCCCCGCGCGCUGCAGGAGCUGCUACGUAGCGCCAGCGGCAGCGUCAUCCUCAAGAUCCUGCCCAGCUACCAGGAGCCCCAUCUGCCCCGCCAGGUGUUCGUGAAAUGCCACUUCGACUAUGACCCGGCCCGAGACAGCCUGAUCCCUUGCAAGGAAGCUGGCCUGCGCUUCUGUGCCGGGGACCUACUGCAGAUCGUGAACCAAGAUGACGCCAACUGGUGGCAGGCAUGCCACGUGGAGGGUGGCAGCGCCGGGCUCAUCCCCAGCCAGCUGCUGGAGGAGAAGAGGAAAGCCUUCGUCAAGCGUGACCUGGAGCUGACGCCAACAUCAGGGACCCUGUGCGGUAGCCUUUCUGGAAAGAAAAAGAAGCGCAUGAUGUAUUUGACUACCAAGAAUGCAGAGUUUGACCGCCACGAGCUGCUCAUUUAUGAGGAGGUGGCCCGCAUGCCCCCCUUCCGCCGGAAAACCCUGGUGCUGAUUGGAGCUCAGGGGGUGGGCCGACGCAGCCUGAAGAACAAGCUCAUCAUGUGGGAUCCAGAUCGCUAUGGCACCACGGUGCCCUACACAUCGCGGCGACCCAAGGACUCGGAACGUGAAGGCCAGGGCUACAGCUUUGUGUCCCGAGGGGAGAUGGAGGCUGACAUCCGGGCCGGGCGCUACCUGGAACAUGGCGAGUACGAGGGCAACCUGUAUGGCACACGCAUCGACUCCAUCCGUGGUGUGGUUGCUGCCGGCAAGGUGUGCGUGUUGGAUGUCAACCCCCAGGCUGUGAAGGUGCUGCGGACAGCCGAGUUUGUCCCUUAUGUGGUGUUCAUUGAAGCCCCUGAUUAUGAGACCCUGCGCGCCAUGAACCGGGCUGCACUGGAGAGUGGAGUGUCCACCAAGCAGCUCACGGAAGCUGACCUGAGACGGACAGUGGAGGAGAGCAGCCGCAUCCAGAGGGGCUAUGGGCACUACUUCGAUCUCAGCCUGGUCAACAGUAACCUGGAGAGGACCUUCCGAGAGCUGCAGGCCGCCUUGGAGAAGCUGCGGACGGAACCCCAGUGGGUGCCCGUCAGCUGGGUGUACUGACCCAGUUUCUGGCUCUUGCCCGCUCCGGGUCGUGACCUGGAGUCUGAGCCCAGUCCCUCUCCCUCCCCUGACUCCCAGCCACCUCCUUCAAUACCCCUCCCAGCCCCUGGCCCCUGGCUUGCCCUGGGAAGCAGCCAUCAGCGAACCCUAAGUCUGAUUUCAGCACAGAGGUGUGCACUGCCAGGGCAGGGCAGUGGGUGUUCGUGGGGCACCUCUGUGCCCAGGUGCUGCUCACUCUCAAUGUCCAUUGGCUGCCAGAAGGCUCUUUUCAAGGGCUGAGCCAUGACCAGGGGAAUAUUAGAGUCACCUGUACCUGCUCAGUACAGGGAAGAGGACAGCUGCUUUGGGACCACUUGGUCAGCAGGUGCACUGUCCCGGCCAUUUCUUCCCUCAACUCCUUUCUGCCUCUGGACUGGCCACACUUCCUCCCUCAACUUACACCCUGCCUCCUGGGCGCAGGCCUUGGCCCCUUUCCGGGUCAGCCUGGGUAGUGGUGGUGCUGACAGGCCUGGAAGAGGAGGAGGACUGCCCUUAGUCUGCUACCCUCAGCUCCCCCAGGAAGGGGCAGGGGACCCGGAGAGGAUGCUACCCUUCCCCAACUCCUCCACAGCUUCUCACUGCCGAAGUCUCCCCAAGACUUCUCCAACACUCCCUGGCGGGUCAGCCCUGCCCCCAAGGGGGCAAGACUGGCAAGGGUCAGUGGACUGAACCUGCUGCCCACUGGCCAAGGGCCCUGGCUCUCUGUAGCCCAUGGUGGGAUGUGUCUGGCUCCAUGUUGGUGACCUUUGUCCAUCCUGGCCUUCUGCCUGGUGGGGUCCAGAUGACCCAUGGGCCAGGGCUGUCCGGAUGGGCAGCUGAGGAGUGCAGAGGGGCCCUGGUCUCACUGAAGGGCUAGGAGAGGUGUGGCUAGGCCAUGGUGCUCUGGCCUGCCCAGCCCGUGGCCCCUGAUGCUGCCCAGCUCUGAGGCCUGGGUGUGUGUAUGUGUGUGUGUCAGGCGUGGUCUGGGGGAGAUUUGGAGGCCCUUUUGUGGGGGUUCCCCGUCAGCCCCUGUUUCUGAUGAGACCUGUCCCCCAGCCGUGGUUCUCCCCUGAUGUCUUUUUUUUCCUUUUCUGAUUAUCCUCCCUGCCCUAAAUGCCACCCUCAGUCCCUGGGAGAGGGCAGUUUUGUAAAAUAGAUUCCAUGAUAAGGAAAGUACUGUCCUAGACGCUACCAGGCAUCUCAUCCUCCCCGUCCCCGUGUUCCUUCCCCAGGCCACCUGUGCCCCGUCUGAUCCGUCUGCUACAGUGUCAGCCAGACCUGACCCCUGUGCCACUGUGUGCCCGUGUCCUAGGGAAGGGGAGGGAGAAUGAACAGAAUAUUUAUCACAAAUGUUAGAAACAUAUUUAUCAUAUCAGAGCCUCCUUUGCAUAUGAUAUGCAAAUGAGAUAUAAGGGUCCAGCCUGCUGUGCCCAUCUCAUUUGCAUAGCUCUUCAUACACUAUGCAGUCAUCUUUAUAUUCUUCUUUGCCCCUGAGGUCAGUGUCUCUUUGAUUGUUGAUUCAGCUCUCCCUUGUCAGUCACACUCACCCUCAGCUUAAGGGAUCUGGA